GCGGGCCGUUCACGUACAACCUUUUCACGUGGCAGACAAAAAUGACCCUCUCUCCGCUUCCUUCCAACCAUGCUACUCUCGAAUAUCCAACAAAAAAUCCGAUGAAUCACGCAAUCCAAUCUUCACACUUUCACUCUGCUUAAUUUCACAAUUUAGUUCUUUCCGGAAAAUAAAGAUGACGGCAUCGCCCGUGGUGGCGAUACUUCCUGCUCCUCAGCUUUCAUCCAAUAAUUUCAACCGCUUUUUUAUUGCUCCAUAUCGUGCGACCCCCAUCAUAGGAUUGAACUCGAGUAGAAGGCCUUCCGCUGAAUUGUUCGGGCAGAAUAGUUUCAGUAAGACAAGGGAGCAUCACAAGAUUAGACCUGCUAAGGUCUAUGCUCGUCGUGCUGAAGAGCAGCGUGUGAUCGAGGAAGAAGCUCCUCAAAUGCUGGAGACUUUCCCUUCAUUUGAAGUUACCCCUGGUCUUGCUCAUCCACUUGGAGUAUCAGAAAUUGAAAGUGGAAUAAAUUUUGCAAUUUUUUCUCAGCAUGCUUCUGCAGUUACACUUUGUGUAAUUCUUCCGAAGAGUGAUGGAAUGAUUGAAUUAGCGCUGGACCCGCAGAAGAAUCGCACGGUGAACAUAUGGCACAUAUGCAUUAAGGAGUUGCCUCGUGGCGACGUCCUCUAUGGUUAUCGCAUUGAUGGUCCUCAAAGUUGGCAUGAAGGGCAUCGAUUUGACAAUAGCAUUGUUUUGAUUGAUCCUUACGCGAAACUAAUUGAAGGUCGGCGAGCUUUUGGAGAUGUUAGCAACAAAAUAUGUAGUUUUUUUGGAACUUACGAUUUCAAUACCUUGCCUUUUGAUUGGGGAGAAAGUUACAAGCUUCCAAAUAUACCCGAGAAAGAUCUUGUUAUAUAUGAGAUGAAUGUCCGUGCUUUUACUGCUGAUGAAUCAAGUGGUUUGGAUCCAGAUCAACAGGGAAGCUACCUUGGUGUGAUUGAAAAGAUACCGCAUCUUCUGGAGCUUGGUGUUAAUGCAGUAGAAUUAUUGCCUGUCUUUGAGUUUGAUGAAUUGGAGUUGCAAAGGCGACCUAAUCCGAGAGAUCACAUGAUCAAUACGUGGGGUUACUCAACAAUAAAUUUUUUUGCUCCAAUGAGUCGAUAUGCAAGUUGUGCUGGGGGACCCGUCAGUGCUUCUCGGGAGUUCAAACAAAUGGUCAAGGCCUUGCAUGAUGCUGGAAUUGAGGUCAUUUUAGAUGUUGUUUAUAAUCACACUAAUGAAGCUGAUGACAAAAACCCGUAUACCACCUCAUUCCGAGGAAUAGACAACAAGGUUUAUUACAUGGUGGAUUUGAACAAUAAUGGUCAGCUGCUGAACUUCUCUGGAUGUGGAAAUACUUUUAACUGCAACCACCCUGUAGUCAUGGAACUUAUACUUGAAAGCUUAAGACACUGGGUCACCGAGUAUCAUGUCGAUGGAUUUCGCUUUGAUCUUGCUAGUGUUCUUUGCCGAGGGACAGAUGGUACUCCCAUUAAUGCUCCCCCCCUUGUGAAGGCGAUUGCCAAAGAUAGUGUACUGUCGAGGUGCAAAAUUAUUGCUGAGCCAUGGGAUUGUGGAGGCCUUUAUCUUGUUGGAAAGUUUCCAAACUGGGACCGGUGGGCUGAGUGGAACGGGAAGUAUCGUGAUGACAUUAGGAGAUUUAUAAAGGGCGAUGCUGGCAUGAAAGGAAAUUUCGCAACCCGUGUUGCUGGUUCAGCGGAUCUAUACAGAGUGAACAAGCGAAAGCCGUAUCACAGUGUCAACUUCGUGAUUGCACAUGAUGGCUUUACCUUGUAUGAUCUUGUUUCAUACAAUAGUAAGCAUAAUGAUGCUAAUGGCGAAGGUGGCAAUGACGGAUGCAAUGAUAAUUUCAGUUGGAAUUGUGGAAUUGAAGGUGAAACUUCAGAUCCUAAUAUUUGCGCAUUGCGUUCGCGGCAAAUGAAAAAUUUUCAUUUGGCACUGAUGAUUUCACAGGGAACACCAAUGAUGCUAAUGGGGGAUGAAUAUGGGCAUACCCGCCGUGGAAAUAAUAACAGUUAUGGACAUGAUACAGCUAUCAACAAUUUCCAGUGGGGUCAAUUGGAAGCAAAGAAGAAUGAUCACUUCAGGUUCUUCUCCAAGAUGAUAAAGUUUCGACAGUCACACAGUAUUUUUAAAAAAGAAAAUUUCCUUGACAAGAACGAGAUUACCUGGCUUGAGGACAACUGGUACAAUGAAGAGAGUAGAUUCCUUGCAUUUACGCUCCACGAUGGGAAUGGAGGAGAUAUUUACUUAGCAUUUAAUGCGCACCACUUUUCUGUCAAAGCAGCAAUACCUUCUCCACCACGAAAUAGGUGCUGGCACCGUGUGGUGGACACUAAUCUGAAAUCCCCUGAUGAUUUUGUUACUGAAGGCAUUGCUGGUAUCGGUGGAACUUAUAAUGUUGCACCAUAUUCUGCUAUUCUUCUGGAAGCAAAGCAAUAAUUAUUAGAUUAUGCUGCUUAAGAUACCCUGCCUGGGUUAUCACCUUCUUGAUUGGGUGGUUAAAUUGGAAUUCAAGCGCUAAUAUAAGCAUACAGUUAGCCUAUAGAUGUAAUCUGUUAGAAGCAGAAAUUCAUGAAGAAAGUUGCGAUAAGCGACCAGUUUGUUCAGGCUGUUAUUAACAUGUAUAAACAACCCGCAGUAACCAGAUAAAUGGGGACCAUUUGUCCAGGUUGUUAGAGACGGAUCUUGGUUAUGAGGAAUGCGCAGGACGUAACAUAUUAAGGCAGGCUGUUGUGUUGGUUUGCAGAAUCAACAUAUUCAUCUGCUGGCACAUGCUUUGGCCAUCCUUAUCUCUGAGAAGUGGUAACAUACUGGUGGGUCGCAAGGAAUUUUUAAAUAGGCAAAGGUUCUGUAAAGUGCCUUCAUCAUGUUUUCUCUUCAAAGGAGACAAAUUUCUAUGUAAAUGUUUCCUUAUAAAGUUCAUUUCUAUUAACCCAGCAAGCUUAUUCCAGAGAGGAUGAUAAAAAGAGAAUUUGGGAUAUGCAUCCUUUUCUCCCUUCCCAUUU